AUGAAACGCUCCCUCCCGGCCAACGCCAAGAUCUCCAAGGAAGCCAAGGAGACCGUCCAGGAGUGCGUGUCCGAGUUCAUCAGCUUCAUCACCGGCGAGGCCUCCGACAAGUGCCAGCGCGAGAAGCGCAAGACCAUCAACGGCGACGACCUCCUUUGGGCCAUGACCACCCUGGGCUUUGAGAACUACGUCGGCCCGCUCAAGACCUACCUCAACAGGUACAGGGAGACCGAGGGCGAGAGGGGCGAUGACCAACUCGACGAGGAGGUCAACUUGGUGAACCCUAGCUCGAGCCAAGCUGGAAGCGGGUCGAACCCGACGGAGUUUAGCGGCGCCGGGGGGUUUUACCCGGCGGCCGGUCAGGGUUUUGGGGGGAGCGUGGUGGGGUAUGGGAUCAAUGGAGGUGGUGGAUCAGUUCACGGAUUGCGAUGGUAA